CAUCGUUUGUCUUUUUUCCUUUUUUUUUUGUCUUUUCUGUUCGGCUUCACUUCCUUUUGACCUGACUUUUGGGUCCCCGUUCACUCUUUUUAUUGUUUUUCCCUUCCUUCCACCCCAAGGGAAGCUGUUCCUGUCACCUUUGGUCGAUCUCCUUUCCUUCUUUCUUGCUUUCGUUUGAGGAAAGAAGAGGCAGGUCGCUCUUGGCUGAGACAGCCGGGUGGUUCUCUUUUCCAUACUUGCAUUUAUCAUUCUCUUGUGCCGCAUCGCUUCGGCUUUCCCCCCCUUCCAUUCGUUUCUGAAAGAAAUCAACCGCUUCGGUGUUUGUCACCGAUUCGAACCCUCGAAACCGAUCAUCCCGGUCGACUCCAACGUCUACACACCCUUUAACAGUCUGGAACUGGUCCCGCUCGAAAAAGGCUGGCUUGAGGUGGUUUACGACGCGUCGAUCUUGAAACUUUGUUCCAUCCGACCACUGCAUCAGGCCUGUUUCCGGUUUAUGUGUCAUUAGCUUGUAAGCUCGUUCAUUCGAUUUUUUCUUUCAUGGGUUGUUAUUCUUAGACCCUUAAUCGCUUCGGUAAUAUCGGCUCGCAAACAUGUCGGGCCAUCCAGGAGGAGGCCACUAUGAUGAUGGCUACGGCCAUCAGGGCCAUGGCGACUCGUACUAUCAGGACGAGCAUGGCCAGGCUUAUUAUGACCAUAAUGACUACGGUGACGGCUACUAUGAUAGAGGUGGUUACUACGGUGCGGAUUCCGGUGCGUACCAUCAAGAAGGCGGAUACUACGAUGCUGGUCACCACGACGACUACUACGGAGACCAGUACUACGACAACGCCGGCCAAGGGGCUAGAGGGCGACAGAGAGGUGAUUCGGAGGAGGACUCGGAAACCUUCAGCGACUUCACCAUGAGGUCGGAGACCGCGCGUGCGGCAGACAUGGACUACUAUGGCCGUGGUGACGAACGCUACAACAGUUAUGCCGACAGCCAGUACGGUCGUGGCUAUGGCGGCUAUCGCCCCCCCUCGUCCCAAAUCUCCUAUGGCGGUAAUCGAUCGUCCGGAGCCUCGACCCCGGUAUACGGAAUGGACUACGGGAACGCUUUGCCUGCCGGUCAGCGGUCGCGCGAGCCCUAUCCCGCCUGGGCCUCGGACGCUCAAAUCCCCGUUUCCAAGGAGGAAAUCGAAGAUAUCUUCAUUGACUUGGUCAACAAGUUCGGUUUCCAGAGGGACAGCAUGCGCAACAUGUACGACCACCUCAUGACCCAGCUGGAUUCGCGUGCUUCCCGUAUGACGCCCAACCAAGCCCUCCUCUCGCUCCACGCGGACUACAUCGGUGGCGAUAACGCCAACUAUCGUCGUUGGUACUUUGCGGCCCAUCUGGAUCUCGACGAUGCCGUAGGGUUUGCGAACAUGAAGCUGGGAAAGGGCGACCGGAAGACCCGGAAAGCCCGCAAAGCAGCCCAAAAGGCGGCGGAACAGAACCCCGAAAACGUUGACGAGACCCUGGAAGCACUGCAGGGUGAUAACAGUCUCGAGGCUGCUGAGUACAGAUGGAAGACGAGAAUGAACCGGAUGUCUCAGCAUGACCGAGUGCGUCAGCUUGCCUUGUACUUGUGCUGCUGGGGCGAGGCCAACCAAGUCCGCUACCUGCCCGAGUGUCUCUGCUUCAUCUUCAAGUGCGCCGACGACUACUACACCUCCCCCGAGUGCCAGAACCGAGUCGAACCCGUCGAAGAGGGCACCUACCUGAACGACAUCAUCACGCCCCUCUACCAGUACUGCCGUGACCAGGGAUACGAAAUUGUCGAUGGCAAGUAUGUCAAGCGUGAACGUGACCACAACCAGAUCAUCGGAUACGAUGACAUGAACCAGCUCUUCUGGUACCCCGAGGGUAUUGAGCGUAUUGGCUUUGAGGACAAGACGCGACUGGUCGAUGUCCCGCCCGCCGAGAGAUGGCUCAAGCUGAAGGAUGUCAACUGGAAGAAGGCCUUUUUCAAGACGUACAAGGAAACCCGUUCCUGGUUCCAUAUGGUCACCAACUUCAACCGUAUCUGGGUCAUCCAUUUGGGUUCCUUCUGGUUUUUCACUGCCUACAACGCCCCCACUCUCUACACCCACAACUACCAGCAGCAGCUGAACAACAAGCCUCCCGGUGCCUACUACUGGUCUUCGGUUGGUUUUGGUGGUGCGCUGUGUGCGUUCAUUCAGAUUUUCGCUACCAUCAUGGAGUGGAUGUACGUUCCUCGACUAUGGGCCGGUGCUCAGCAUCUAACCAAGCGUUUGAUGUUCUUGCUCCUGGUUUUCAUCAUCAACCUGGCUCCUGGUGUGUUCGUCUUCGGAUUUUCCAAGAACGUGGACAACAAGACCAUCCCUCUCGUGAUUGGUAUUGUUCACUUCUUCAUCGCGCUCGCUACGUUCUUCUUCUUUGCCGUCAUGCCGCUCGGUGGUCUGUUUGGUAGCUACCUGAAGAAACACGGCCGCCAAUACGUUGCCAGUCAGACUUUCACGGCGAGUUUCCCGCGUUUGACCGGAAACGAUAUGUGGAUGUCCUACGGUCUCUGGGUUUGCGUUUUCGGAGCCAAGCUCGCGGAAUCGUACUUCUUCUUGACGCUGUCUUUCAAGGAUCCCAUUCGCAUUCUGUCCCCGAUGAAACUCAGACAGUGUGCGGGUGUCAAGUACAUCCCCAACGACCUGUGCCACGCCCAGCCUCAGAUCCUGCUUGGUCUCAUGUUCUUCAUGGAUUUGACCUUGUUCUUCCUGGAUAGUUAUUUGUGGUACAUUAUCUGUAACACCGUGUUCUCCGUGGCUAGAUCGUUCUACCUGGGUGUGUCUAUUUGGUCCCCCUGGAGAAACAUCUUCUCGCGUCUCCCGAAGCGUAUCUACUCCAAGGUCCUCGCGACUACGGAUAUGGAAAUCAAGUACAAGCCCAAGGUGCUGAUCUCUCAGGUGUGGAAUGCCAUUAUCAUCUCCAUGUACCGAGAGCAUCUGCUCGCCAUCGACCAUGUCCAGAAGUUGCUAUACCACCAGGUUCCAUCCGAGCAGGAGGGCAAGCGUACCCUGCGUGCGCCGACCUUCUUCGUUUCCCAGGAAGAUCAGUCGUUCAAGACCGAGUUUUUCCCCCGUGGUAGUGAAGCCGAGCGACGUAUCUCCUUCUUCGCGCAGUCUCUCUCGACCCCCAUGCCUGAGCCUCUUCCGGUCGACAACAUGCCGGCGUUCACCGUGCUGAUCCCCCACUACAGCGAGAAGAUCCUUUUGUCGCUUCGUGAGAUUAUCCGUGAGGAUGAACCUUAUUCCCGUGUCACGCUUCUGGAAUACCUGAAACAGCUUCACCCUCACGAGUGGGACUGCUUUGUCAAGGACACCAAGAUUCUUGCUGACGAGACUUCCCAAUUCAACGGAGAAAACGAAAAGAGCGAGAAGGACGUUGCCAAGAGCAAGAUUGAUGACUUGCCCUUCUACUGCAUUGGUUUCAAAUCGGCUGCCCCUGAGUAUACCCUGCGUACCCGAAUCUGGUCGUCUCUGCGCUCGCAGACUCUGUACCGAACCGUUUCUGGCUUCAUGAACUACAGCCGCGCGAUCAAGCUUUUGUACCGUGUCGAGAACCCCGAGGUUGUUCAGAUGUUCGGUGGCAACUCCGAGAAGCUUGAACGGGAACUGGAAAGAAUGGCUCGCCGCAAGUUCAAGAUCUGUGUUUCUAUGCAGCGUUAUGCCAAGUUCAACAAAGAGGAGCGUGAAAACACUGAAUUCCUCCUCCGCGCCUACCCCGACCUGCAGAUUGCCUACCUCGACGAAGAGCCUCCUGUCAACGAGGGCGAGGAGCCUCGCCUGUACUCGGCCUUGAUUGAUGGUCACUGCGAGCUUCUUGACAACGGAAUGCGCAAGCCCAAGUUCAGGAUUCAGCUUUCUGGAAACCCCAUUCUUGGAGACGGCAAAUCGGACAACCAGAACCACUCGAUCAUCUUCUACCGUGGUGAAUACAUUCAGGUCAUUGACGCUAACCAGGACAACUACCUCGAAGAAUGCCUGAAGAUUCGUAGCGUUCUUGCUGAGUUUGAGGAACUGACCACGGACAACGUCUCGCCUUACACCCCCGGCAUCCCCUCGGUGAACACCAACCCGGUUGCCAUCCUCGGUGCCCGUGAAUACAUUUUCUCCGAGAGCGUUGGUGUUCUUGGUGACGUCGCUGCCAGUAAGGAACAAACAUUCGGUACUCUGUUCGCCCGUACUCUUGCCCAGAUUGGUGGAAAACUGCACUAUGGUCACCCUGAUUUCCUGAACGGUAUUUUCAUGUGUACCCGUGGUGGUAUCUCCAAGGCCCAGAAAGGUCUUCACCUGAACGAAGAUAUCUACGCCGGUAUGAUGGCCCUGACCCGUGGUGGACGUAUCAAGCACUGCGAGUACUUCCAGUGUGGUAAGGGUCGUGAUCUUGGUUUUGGCUCGAUUCUGAACUUCACCACGAAGAUUGGUACUGGUAUGGGUGAGCAGAUGUUGUCGAGAGAGUACUAUUACCUCGGCACUCAACUUCCCCUCGAUCGGUUCUUGUCCUUCUACUAUGCUCACCCUGGUUUCCAUCUUAACAACAUGUUCAUCAUGCUGUCUGUGCAGAUGUUCAUGAUUGUCCUGGUCAACCUUGGUGCCCUGAAACACGAGACCAUAACUUGCAACUACAACCCCGACGUCCCGAUCACGGAUCCUCUGCGUCCCACCUUCUGUGCCAACCUUACUCCUAUCAUGGACUGGGUCAACCGUUGCGUCAUUUCUAUCUUCAUCGUGUUCUUUAUCUCGUUCGUUCCCUUGGCUGUCCAGGAAUUGACGGAGAGAGGUGUGUGGCGUAUGGCCAUGCGUUUGGCUAAGCACUUUGGAUCUUUCUCCUUCAUGUUCGAGGUGUUUGUCUGCCAGAUCUACGCCAACGCUGUCCACCAGAACUUGUCUUUUGGAGGUGCCCGCUACAUCGGUACCGGACGUGGUUUCGCCACUGCCCGUAUUCCGUUUGGUGUGCUGUACUCGCGUUUCGCCGGUCCGUCGAUCUAUGCCGGCGCCCGGUCUCUGCUCAUGCUGCUGUUCUCAACCUCGACCGUGUGGUCGGCAGCUCUGAUUUGGUUCUGGGUGUCGCUACUUGCCCUGUGUAUCUCGCCCUUCCUGUUCAACCCUCACCAGUUUGCCUGGAACGACUUCUUCAUUGACUACCGUGACUAUCUCCGCUGGCUCUCCCGUGGUAACUCGCGCUCCCACGCUUCUUCGUGGAUUGCCUUCUGUCGUCUGUCUCGUACUCGCAUCACGGGUUACAAGCGCAAGCUCCUCGGUGUCCCCUCAGAGAAGGGUUCCGGUGAUGUUCCCAGAGCCCGCAUCACCAACAUCUUCUUCAGCGAGAUCGUGGCGCCUCUGGUCCACGUUGCGGUCACCCUUGUUCCUUUCCUCUACAUCAACUCCAGAACGGGUGUCACCGACGACAACAAGCAAGCAUACAACGCCCUUAUCCGUAUUGGAAUCGUUGCCCUGGGACCCAUCGGUGUCAAUGCUGGUGUUGCCGGUGCAUUCUUCGGUAUGGCCUGUUGUAUGGGUCCGAUCUUCAGCAUGUGCUGUAAGAAGUUUGGUGCUGUUCUUGCUGCAAUCGCGCACGCCAUUGCGGUCAUUGUGCUGCUCAUCAUCUUCGAGGUCAUGUUCUUCCUGGAGCACUGGUCGUGGCCCCGGUGCAUCAUGGGCAUGAUUGCCAUGGCCGCCAUUCAGCGUUUCAUCUACAAGCUUAUCAUCGCCCUGACCUUGACCCGUGAGUUCAAGCACGAUCAGUCCAACAUCGCUUGGUGGACCGGAAAAUGGUACAACAUGGGUUGGCACUCGAUGACCCAGCCUGGUCGUGAAUUCCUGUGUAAGAUCACAGAACUGGGUUAUUUCGCCGGUGACUUCGUCCUCGGCCAUCUGAUCCUGUUCAUCAUGUUGCCCGCCCUCUGCAUCCCCUAUGUUGACAAGUUCCACUCGAUCAUUCUCUUCUGGCUGCGCCCUAGUCGUCAAAUUCGCCCGCCUAUCUACUCCCUGAAGCAGUCCAAGCUCCGCAAGAGAAGAGUGGUUCGCUUCGCCAUCAUGUACUUCGCCAUGCUCGUCCUGUUCCUUGUUCUUCUUAUUGCGCCGCUUGUCGUUCGCAACAUGGGCAUCAUUUCACAGAAGAUGAUGAAGGACUUCCCGGAACAACUACUACAACCUUUGGACGCUGGUCAAGCCAAGAACGACACUACCAGUCUCUACACUGGUAGCGGCUUGCCCAACGGAAAAAGUGCGUGGAUCCCUCCUUCUGCUUCUGCAACCUCAUAGAUGCUGGUCAACCGUGGCAUCUGCGCAACGCCUCGUUUUCUAUUUUUGUUUGGUUGUUUUCGGUAUGGAAUCAUGGACAUGAGCUGUAUAAAGUAUCCAGCGCCUUGAAGUUGCUGUUGCGGCGUCUCAUACAUUUACUUUGCCUUGCUUUCUUUUGACUUUGCGCGUACGAUCUUUGAUUCUUUACUUUCUUUUUCUGUCGCCCUCAAAUAAUGGAUUCAAUACUUAUAAACCGUGACCUGUAUUCUUGGGAGUGUCUUUCUUUCAAUUCGGUCCUUUCCAUGUGAUCAUUAGACUUGUAUUUCCAUCUUUGUGCCUUAUGCUGCCACCACUGUGCCGUCUCUCUUUUUAUCAUUUUAAUGAAUUUCACUUCAAUUUCACCGGGAUG